AUGAUAGCAUGGGGUCCCCAGGCUACAGAGGCACCAGUAGAAGUACCACAGCCAGCAGAAAGAACAGAACAACAGCCUGCUCAGAGUGAAGAGGAGGACCAAACUGAGUCAGAUCAACGGGAAUUGGCCAAGAGACGGCUACGAGAGUACAUGCGAGAGUUCGAGAUAAACAGGUCAACCUCGUCAGGACAGUGGCCGGGCAGCAGUAUGCCCUCAGAGUUCAGCCCUGCUCUAUUCAGGAGCAUUUUCCCUUACUCUGGCGAUCUGCUUUACGCUCAAUUCCACCCUGAAGAUGCUGACGAAGAUAGUGAAUCUGAUAAAGAUUCAGACCAGGAAGUCCACCAACAGUCGGAAUCAAGAUACGAAUCCUCAGAGUCAGGAACCUGUAAAGGACCCCGGAAGUUGUAUCUCUGGCAGUUCCUGUUACAGUUAAUACGGAAUCCUAACGAGAGCUCCAUCAAUUGGACGGAGAGGCCCCCAGAGUUCAUUCUAACUGAUCCACAACAGGUGGCUAAGUUAUGGAGUGAGUACAAGGGACGAGGGUGUAUCAACGUGGACAGUCUAUGUAGAGCUCUCAGGUAUUACUACAGCAGGAAUAUCUUAAAGAGACGGCAGGGUAUGGGAAGGUUUGUUUACAGUUUCAGUGAAGCAGCUCUAGAGCUAGAUGUCACGAACACACCCCAUCAGUAG